AUGUGGGUGUUGGAGCAUGAGGGCGAUGCCCUCCAAGGCAAGCGACUCUGGUUGCGCCCGGGCAAGCGCUAUCUCUUCGGACGAACCAUUGCAGAGCCUGGCAUGCUUGCGAUUCAUGGCCAUAAAGCAACGUCCGUUUCCCGCAAACAUGUCACAAUCGAAGUUGAUGCAGUCAGAAAAGGCGACUCGCAAAACUUAUCAACCCGGUCCAAAGUCACAGUCGAAGAUCUCGGAUCAAAACUCGGUACUACUGUCAAUGAGAACAAGAUCAAGGGCGAAAAGUAUGUUGUCGACCAGGAGGAAAACGACCUCAAGUUGGGCAACAUGUCCGGAUUCAAGAUAACAUGGUUCCCCGUUGUCCUGAGCUUCUCAUUUUCUGCCCGAGAAUUGGAGGCCGGCGCCCAGACACGACUGCAAAGCAACUUUGAGCAGCUCGACGUCAAGUUGCUGGCCGAGAUUGACUCCAAAUUCACCACGCAUGUGGUCAACAAGAAACGCAAUACUGCCAAAGGACUCCAGGCUCUAAUCAAUGGCACAUAUCUUGUGGAUGACGGUUUCAUGAACGCAUUACUCGAAGCGACACGGGCUGACGACCUGGGCGGAGGUGUCACACGAAGCGCGCUGGAGGCCGACUUUGAUGCGCACUGGCCGGAUGCCAUGGAUUUUCUUCCAGCGCCAGGCAACGAGCCAGUGCAGAGGCCUGCGGAAGCCUUUGCACCAAAUCCAGAAAGACGCGAGAUAUUCGAUGGCUAUACCUUCAUCUUCUAUGACUCCAAGCAACACAACAGUCUGAUUGGUCCAAUCACAGAUGGCAAAGGGAAAGCCUUGUGGAGAGAGGUUGUGCCCAACGAAACGCAAAUCGACGAUUUCAUUCGCUAUGUCAAGUCGGUCGCUGGUGAGAAGGGCUUGGGCGAAUUCGAGGAUGGCAGCGAAGGCAAGGGCGUUGUUGUGGUGAGGUAUGUGCCUGCCGAACCGGCCUGGUAUCAGGAAUUCUACACGGCCGUGUCACUGCGUCUUGAUCACAGACUCAUUGACCAAAAGGAUUUUCUUGACGCAAUUCUGGCCUGCGAUGCAAGUGGAUUGAGGCGACCUUUGGAGGUUGAAACACCUGGUCCUACCCAGAACGAGCCAAACGUCCCUGAGCAGCCUAUGGACGUGGAUAUUGAGCAGCCGCCAGCAUCUCCUGCACCGCGAGUCAUGACGCGCCGGCCAGCUCUCACUACUAGGAAGAAAUUCAAGGGUUUCGUAUCCGACAGCGACUCGGACGGCGACAGUAAGGCUGAUGUCCUGGCGGAAGAAGUCCUGACUGCACCGUCGCAACCGCCUGAUGCUGUCGAAUCAUCCCAGGAGGGACUUUUCGUAUCGCAAGAAGUGGAUUCUCAAGAGCCAGAAGCAGUAGUCGAAACAGCUCAAAGAUCUCAGAGGAAACGGCCUGCCCCCAGAAGCCUAGAUGAAGAUUUCGCCCCAACUGCAGCCCAGCUCAAACGCCGCAGAUUAGAGCUUGGACAAGACCCCAUCCCACGCCAAUCUACACCGGAAACCUCGGCUCAGCCAGAGACUGACUUGGAAACAACGAAGGGCCGAAAGGGAACCAAAGCAAAGGAUGUCAAGGUCAAGAAGGAAUUUGACGUCCUUGAGAUUGCGGGGCGGAACCGCGAAGAGGCUGAAGCCAAAGCACGAGCAGAACGCGAUGAACUGGAAGCCAAUGCAGAGGACCUUGAUUUGGCUGAAAUUGGCCGCUUACAAAUUGUAGAGACGAUGGAGCUUCGAAGGGACCUUGGGCCAACACGAACGCGGGAUCAGGACAUCGCGGAUGGUCGUUGGAACCCUGCCUGGAAUGGCCGUAAGAAUUUCAAAAAGUUCCGACAAAGGGGUGCGGUCGAGGCUGCACGUCCACCGCAGAGAAUUAUUAUCGAGCUAGAAGAGGCAAAGUCCAACACUGGCGGAAUCGGUGAUGACUAUUGGCUCGAGGAUGAAGCAACGCAAAAACGAAAAAGGAACACCCAGCGGGAAUCACAGAGCCAAGCAUCUGGCAUUCUCAGCACCAACAAGUCUACUCGGCAAAGUCGAAAAUCUGCUUCGGUACAAAACGGCGAAGGCGAGUCUGAUGCUGGAAACACAUUGAUGGAAGACCUCGACGCAAGCAACCAAACAGAGAAUGUAGAUGACGACGAGGAGCCAGUCUCCUCUGCGGUUAGACGACGUGGUACAAGAGACACGUUUACGCCUCAGGAAUCGCUUCGAUCCCAGCGAACAACGCAGAGAUCGACAAUUCCCAGGGGCGCAGCAAAGCGACCAGCACCAGCCCCGCCAGCUAAAGAGCAACCAGCCAAGAGAUCAAGGAGAGACAAUAUUCCAGACAGCGACGACGAUGAUAGUGAGGACGAGCUCAGAUUUAGAUUCAGAAAGCGAUAG